GAUCCUUUGUGGGGUAAUUGCUCAGUUAAAAUCGAUCUGCAUUUAAUUUGUGAUUAAUUGGUUUAGUUAAUCAGCAUAUCAUCUAAUUAAUUAGCCUGACAUUUCACCUGACAGCCCUAAAAAAACAAAACUGAAGUCAAUUCAACCCAGGAAUAAAAACAUUUACAUUUAGCUGACGCUUUUAUCCAAAGCGGCUUACAAUUGCUAUAUAUGUCAGAGGUCACACGCCUCUGGAGCAACUAGGGGUCUUGCUCCGGGACACAUAGGUGUCUUACAGUGGAUUCGAACCCAGGUCUCUCACACCAAAGGCAUGCGUUUUAUCCACUGUGCCAGCACCACCCCAGAAGAACAUCAUAAAAUCUGUUUAUGAAAAUAACAGAAGUUCAAAGUCUCUCUCACUGGUUCUAGGAUGGUCGCUUGUGGGGAUCACUUCCUGCGGAUCGGUGAUACAGAUUUGUUUGGUCUGAGCAGUGAGCAGGUUGCUCAAGUUUUGAAACAAUGUGGAAACAGAGUCCGACUCCUCCUCAGUUGCGGUACGGCUGAUGACGCUCCUGCCACCCUGCCGACCGUCACUGAGCAACAGGGUUUUGAGGAAGAGGAACAGGAUGCUUUCGGUGUGAGCUUGAUGAAGAAUGCUCAGGGUUUCGGCAUCACCAUCGCGGGGUAUGUGGGGGACAAAACAUCAGAAACUUUACACUGGACUUCAAGCAGCAUGGAUUCUGUGCCUCUCCAUUCUUCCUCCAGACUCCAGACUUUGAUUUCCAAAUAAAAUGCUACAUUUUCUUUCAUCUGAAAAGAGAACUGUGGGCCACUGAGUAACAGUCAAGUUCUUUUCCUCCUUACCCCAGAUGAGACAGUGUUUCUCACUCCAGAGGAAAACGCCACACCGUAGUCUGUCACCGCUUCACUCAUCAGAGCUCCAGAAAGACCUAACAGUCCUGUGAAGCUGUGCUCUGAGCAGGAACAGCAGCUCAUGCAGAAGUGGAAGAAUGAACUCGGCGCCUGCAGCCAAGUCUUUGUGGCUCAAGUGGAGAAGUUCAGUGAGAACAGUGGUUUAGGGAUCAGUCUGGACGUGUGUGCCGGUCGUCACAUCCUCCACUCAGUGCUUCCUGAGGGACCUGUCGGGCGAUCAGGACAAAUCUGUAGUGGAGACGAACUGCUAGAGAUAAAACACAUCUGUCUGAAACAACCUACCACCAACAUGCAUCAAACUAAUCAAAUUGAUAUAGAAAUGUGGUCCAAUAAGAAGUCUCUUCUGCAAAGCAAGACUGCAUUUAUUUGAUCAAAAAAAUACAGUGGAAACAGUUUUAUCAUGAAAUAUUAUCAUACAUUUAAAAAUAUCUGUUUUCUAUGUAAAUAUAUUGUAAAAUGUAAUUGAUUGCUGUGGUCAAAGCUGUAUUUUCAGCAUCAUUAGUCUUCAGUGUCACAUGAUCUUCAGAAAUAAUUCUAAAAUGCUGAUUUGCUGCUCAAGAAACAUUUCUGAUUAUUAUCAAUGAAAACAGUUUCAAAUGUAUAAGUCUGGGUGUGUUUGUUCAGGUGAAUGGCAUUCCCCUCAGAGGAGAGACUCAUACAGAGGUUGUUGACAUUCUGAAAGAACUUCCUGUUUCAGACGUCACAUCUGUAAUCAUAAAGACUGAGUCCUGGCUAGUAGGCUAUUGUGUGUGAGGAUGCUGCAGCUGCCAUAUAAUUUAUAGCCUUUUCUCAUAGCAGCUGGAAUAAUGAAUUGAAGAAAUUUAAAUCUACAUGAAAAGCUACAUACUAAUAGUCACACAAUGCUGAUGUUUUUAACAUGUACAAUUUGAGAAAAAGUAUAAAACAGAAGUAACAGUAACAAUAAUUUGGGGUUUGAUGUUAUAUUUGUUACUUAGCCAAUCGUUAGAUUCAAUCACCAUUGUAGCACAAUUAAUUGUAAUGUUUUUUUCUUCAGUUUGUCAGAACAAAAGUGGCAGACUUGUUACUUAGUGUUCAGAUGACACUAUUUAGUGAAAAUUUCUAUUUGGGUCAUAUAUUCCUAAACUUAUGCUAGAAUCUGUGUUUCCUAAGUACGGUAUUCACUCUGGUGUGUGAACUGACAGCCAUACAUACUCCUCAAAACAAUAGAUUCAUCUGAAUGCUGGAGCCAAACUGGUCACAACCCACGCAAGGAAGAUAAUUCCACAAAUAACAACAAAUGCAGGUUUCAAAUAGAAAUGGUGACAAAACGGCAAAACUUAUGGACUGCAGCUUUAAUGUGAGUUAGUUGACAUAUUAGUUGCAAAUUAAUUGGAUUAAGUUGACAUGUAGUUGAAAAUUAACACAAGUUAGUCGACAUGCAGAUGCAAAUUAAUGAGAGUUAGUUGACAUGUAUGUCAACAACAUCAACCUGGGAAGCGCCAGUUUGGAGGAAGCAGUGCAGGCUCUGAAGGGAGCGGACCUUGGCACCGUCCGCAUCGGAGUGGCCAAACCCCUGCCCAUCGACUGCAGUGAUUUGGAGCUGUCUGAUGAAAAGGCAUUUGAGCAUCAUUUUCUGGAGGAGGGGGAGGAGGAGGAGGAAGAGGAAGAGGUGCUGCAGUCGAUGAUUGCUGAACACAGCAGCGCUGAUCUGACCUAUCUGAUGAGUGACCCCGCCUCCACACAGAAGGAGGAGGAUUUUCCUCCAGAUGAACUAAACGCCGGCGCGGCGGGGAGCAGCUUCGAGAGGACCGUCACUGUGGUCAAGGACACCUUCAGUCUUGGUCUGAGCACCACAACGUGUUCCACACACAGAAGCACACUUUACUAGGCUUUUAAAAGAAUACUUAUUACGGAAAUAAUAUACUCUAAAAGAAUAGACUUAAGUGUGACCAGAAUGUAAUGUUUUCAGACACUUAACUGCAUGUUAAUUGCAAUAAAAAUAAAAAUGUAUUAUAGUUUAAAUUUAUAUUUAAUCCAAUUAGUUUAACUUUAGAAGGACUUAAGUACACAUGUAUAUGUCAUUUUUAAGAGGUAUACGUAUUUUUUAAGUUAUAUGUAACUUCAGUUCAGAUUACAUUUACUGUGAUGUUAAUCUGUCAAUGUUUAGA